CACACACACACACACACACACACACACACACACACACACACACACACACACACCCCUUUUCUGUGUUGUUGAGAUAUAAUUCACAUGCCAGAAAAUUUACCCUUUCAGAGUAUACAUUUUAGUGGGGUUUAGUUUAUCCAUGAAGUUUUGCACCCAUCACUACUAUUGAAUGCUUUAUCAUUCUCAUCACCUCAGGAAGAAACCCCAAGCCCAUUAACAGUCCCUUCCCAUCUCCCCUCUUCCCAGUUCCCUGGCAACCACAAAUCUACUUCCUAUUUCUAUGAAUUUGCCUAUUUUGGACGUUUCAUAUAAGUGGAAUCAUACAAUAUAUGGCCUUUUAUAUUUGGCCUUUUUCACUUAGCAUAAUGUUCAAGGUUCUUCUAUGUUGUAUUGUGUAUCAGUACUUCAUUCUUUUAGGUCUGAGUAAUAUCCAUUGUAUGCUGAUACCACAUUUUGUUUAUUCAUUCUUCAGUUGAUGGUCAUUUUGAUUUUCUCCAAUUUUUGGCUAUUAUGAAUAAUCUAGUUUUUGUGAUUACACUCAUUCUUCAAAAACAUUACUUUCUUCAUAUUAUGUCCCAUUCUUGUCAAAACUUUCAGUGGCUCCCUAUUACUUGUACAACAAAAUAGAAGAUGCCUAGUUUGCAUUAAAAGUCUUCGCUACUUUCCUUUACACCCUUCUUUUCCAUUGUGUUGUAGUUUAUUAUUUCUAAAAUAUGUGCUACAUAUGAAUAUAGAUUAUGUAAAUGAUAUAUAUAAUUUCAUCAAUUUAAUUCAUUUUAAAAUGAUCUAAAUUUUUAAGAAUAAAGACUUUACUUACAAACCAAAGAGUAGAUUGAAGGUAGAUAGGUAAUCUGGAGAAUUAGAACAGAGUAAAGUGAAACAUUAUAGAAAAACAAAGAAAAAACUUUUCUGGAUUUGACCAUAAUGUCAAACAGAGGCAUUCAUUUUCAUAUAAUGUGAAAAAGCACCUCAUUUGAGUCAGCCUUUGAUAUGUGGAACUCAUUCAAAUCACUCAUUUUCUGAUUAGCAUGGUUAUUUUUUUCCGGGGCCUCAGUUUUUCUGUUUUUUUUUUUUUUUUAAUCCAGAUAGUGUCAAUCUUUUUCCCUUUUUGACAUGUCUGAAAUUGUUAAAAAGGAAAUAUUUUUAUAUAAACUUAAAAAUAAUUUUCCCGACUAUUUUUUGCAUAUACACACACAGAUAUAAAUGUAUAGUGGCAUUUUUCUCCCAUUAUAUGGAAAAAUAGAACAUAGUAUAUAGACAAAAAAAAUCACAGUAUAUCUUAGAAAUCUUUUCAGAAUAGUACAUUGAGAACAUUCUCACUUUUUUUUUCCUGCAGGAUAAUUUCUCUAAAAUGUGUAUCCACUUGAAAUGUGAUUACCUAUACUUAGAAAAAGAGAGAAGGGGAUAUAAAUGGGAAAAAGGAAACAAUGUGCAGAUGUUUGGACUUUGUUUAUAGGUGAAAACAAUGGAAGAUCAGAAAAUUUAAGUAAUUGCCCAGGAUCAUGCAACCAGCGCAGGGUCCUGAUGCUAAUCUAGGUGUUUCCAAGCUCCUGGCCUCCCUGCUGUAUCCAUGUUGCAUUUGAUGAAAAAAAGGAGAGAGAAAUCAUGCCAACUUCUUUUUCAACAGAAAUAAUAGAAUUCCAGACUUUAUUUUCUGGAUUAGUCCUUUAAGAAGCUUUGCAUUCUGAAGCCUCUAGGUGUGCUUUUCAAUCUUAAAAAGGACUAUUUCUGAUAUAAAAAAGUAUCAUGAGAUGAUAGUAAAUGAAACACUUUAGUUCUUUCCCUUCUGUGCACCACUGAAUAUCCUGGUGUCACCAUGGGCCGCCACCCCGCCUGGUGUUACCAGUGCUGUAAGAAAAAGCCACACCCACAGCCAUGCUUCUGCUGAGGUGUCCCUGAUGCUAAGAUCCGCAUCUUUGACCUGGGGUGGAAGAAGGCAAAAGUGGAUGAGUUCCCACUCUGUGGCCAAAUGGUGUCAGAUGAAUAUGAACAGCUUUCCUGAAGGCUCCAGACAGGUAUGCGGGGUGACUUUGGAAAGCCCCAGGGCAUGGUGGCCAGGGUCCACAUUGGCCAAGUCAUCAUGUCCAUUGGCACCAAGCUGCAGAACAAGGAGCAUGUGAUUGAGGCCGUGCACAGGGCCAAGUUCAAGUUCCCUGGUCACCAGAAGAUCCACAUUUCAAAGAAGUAGGGAUUUAUCAAGUUUAACACAAAUGAAUUUGAAAACAUGGUGGCAGAAAAGUGGCUCAUCCCGGAUGGCUGCAGGGUCAACUACAUCUCAAAUUGUGGCCCCCUGGACAAAUGGCAGGCCCUGCACUCAUGAGAGCCUUGGUGCUGUCCCCUCCUUCCACACAACCACCAAUAAAUCCUACUUUCCUGUCAAAACAACAACAACAACAACAACAACAACAACAACAACAACAACAACACUUUAGGAUGAAUUGAGUAAAUUACUGAAAAAGAGACCCCACUAUACAUAGGUAUUUAUCACAGGCAGUAUUUCAGAUUGGUGAGGGAUGGAUGAUCUGAUGAUUUUUUAAAAAUUUAUUUAUUUAUUAUUGGUUUACAUAAGUAUUUUUUAUUUUGGUGGGAAGAGGUAACUAGGUUUCCUCAUUUUUAGAGGCGGCACUGGGGGUUGCACUUUACUACUUGAGCUGUACCCUCCCCCAUGAUUUGGUGACUUACGUUGCAACAAAUUUCUAAUUUGUCAAAACAACAACACCACCUGUUCAUUGCUUCAGUCUUUACAUAAAAAAUAAUUUACAAAUUAAACAAAAGAUAAUAUAAAAGGACUUUGUGAGGUUAGCUUUCUUACUAGACUGAACUGAGUGAGUUCAGCUAUGAAAAUUUCAUUUUUUUCUCGAUCACUAUAUUUUUGUGUGAGUUCUGUUUGUCAUGGGUUUUCUCCAGCAAAAGUCCCACUGUAGAAGAGUGAAUUUUCUCAAGACUUUAUCAGGUAAAGAGAGUGAGAGGGAGCCAGAGACUAACUCCCAAGCUGUUCCAAAGCUCUUAUAUUUAUUGAGAAUAGUCAAAAAAUAAAUCAAAAUGAAAUACAUCAUAGGAAUGAGUAAGGGGUAUGGUGUAUGUGCAGGGAUGCCGGUCAGCAGUUUCAGUUCAUGAAAAACAAAAACAUUAUAAUCUUAAUUUAUACUUAGAAGGUUACAAUAUUGAUAAUACAAAUGGUUAUUUUAAGCCUCAAACAAUCAUGAGCAAGGUUGCAGUUUUCUGAAUAAUUGAUAAUGAAACCCCAGGCCACCACAGAGUCUCCAUACUAUGAUCAGAAAUGAUCUAAGCACACAAAGCAGCCCAGCUGCCCCUAGCUGAGGGCUAAGUCAGUUUUCUGUGAGCAGGAGUGACCUACACUAUCCACCUGCGCCUGGUAAGCCAAGCACGUCCUGCCGGUUAGGGCGAGGGAUGAGCUAUGGUUUUCCAUAAGCAGAAGCAGCCCUGAGUCUAUGACCUUGAACUAAGCAAAGUGAGCAAAGCAUGUCUCUGCUUUUCACGGCGAGGAGACAGUUCGUAGCGGGUCCCUGCGAGCACAGCAGCUUCAAGGUAGCUGAGUGAAGUCCCUCAGUUAAGGCGGUGACUGGUACCGAGAGUUCAGUCUUUUGUGCUUUUGGACAUUUUGCUUUGAAGGAGCAGUAUAAUGACAAACACAGAAAGCAUGGGUUUUGAUUAUACAUUUCUUAUGUGUUUACAUAAAGGUGAGAAUAUGAUUUGGUUAAACAAUCAUUACAAUAUCAAAGUUUGUUAACCCAAGUUUGUGCUCCCACAGUUUUGUAUUUUCUGUAAUUGCUCCUUAACACCAACUUGGGGCAGGCUCAUAGCUUUCCUGAUGUGUUUUAGUUACAAAAGCUGUAGUUGUGCUCUCGUCCCUUAUUGGGCGUGACCAGUUACAGGAGGGACCUGUCUUUCUCUGUGCUCCUUCACUCCCCUCUCCCCAUUGCUGGGAGUUGUACAUUUAUGCAGCCUUUUUUGGAUUAUCUGUUGAAAUAAGGUGCCGAUGCCCUGUGACUCAGGAGCUGUACCUCCAGGAACUGAGCGCUACAGAUAUGCUCAUGCAACCUUAUCUGAAAGUCUCACUUCACUGUGCCGGUGGCAGCGCUAGCUUCACUGCAUCUCCACUUGAUUCUGCUUGGGUAGGAUGCCUGUGUUUUAAUUUUGAAAUUUUGUUAUACCCUAUCCCCUUUUGCCCAGAACAAAAAGUUAAAGAAAAGAACUUAAUUCAAAAUAUGUUAAAAUUAAAAAUUUCCAUAAAAAUUAAAAUAAAAAUUAUCUCUGGUUAUCAGUUAUAAUUUACAUAGGGAUCACUGUAACUUGUGUACUUUGCAAAAAAUUCAAUAAAUGAUUUACUCUAUUAUUA